AUGGACCGCUUCCAGCGGCUGCACCGCUUCUUGCAGCACGCCCUCAGCAACCCAGCACCGGCCCACGACCCGCAAGUGCUCGCCAAGUUGCAGCUCAAGCUGGAGCGAGCCCGACCCGCCUUCCUCGCCUUCCUCGACACGCCGGCCAAGGACGCCAAGCAGCGGGAGCAGCUCAACAAGGGCUCGUUCACCUACGUCGCGACGGGCAACUCGUACCCGGCCAGCCCCGCACUCGCCAAGGAGAUCCUGUUCCUGUCCGACGCCAUCGAUGCGUCCGAGGAGCUGUGCGCCUCGCUCGUCGCGUGGAGCAUCAGCGCCAAAGCCCGCCCCGGCCGCAGCAAGGCCGAGAGCGGCCUCCUCGUCUACCUCGACGAGCGCGCCUCGCUCCUCCUGUGCCUGCACGAGAUCUGGCGCGGCGCCAUGUCGGCCGACGAGCGCGUCGUCGCCUCGGGCAUCCAGCGCGUCCUCGAGCGCGAGGUCCAAGAGCUCACGCGCGGUCGCGGCGCCGAGGUCGAGCUCCGAGGAGCGGCCAAGGCCAAGGGCUCGUGGGUCGAGAAGGUCGUCGGCGCCCUCGAGGCGUGCCAGGCGCAGGCCGACAAGUUGCGCGCGUCGCUCCGAGGACCUGUCCCGUCGUCCAACGCUCUCGUGCCGGCAGGCCAGAGCCCGUCGUUCCCCGACGAGACGACCGAGAUGCGCGUGCAGCGACUCGAGGAGGAGCGCCGCCUCAUCGCCCAGCUCGUCUUCUUCAUCGGCGCCAGCCGCACCGCGAGCAAGGACGAGCUCCACCUCCUCGUCCGCCAGCUGUCGACCGCCACCCUCGCCGACAGUACCGUCACCUACCUCCUCAUCUCGAUCCUCGCCGCCCUCGACACCUCGAACGAGUCGACCGCCCAGCAGGCCUACCCGCUCUUCACCGACUCGUCGUUCGUCACCCGCAUGAAGGCCGACCUCGCCUCGAACUGGACAUCGCCACAGCUCAAGGCCGUCGUGCAGCUCCAGUGGUCCCUGUUCCUCGACACGGCCGCCCGCAUGGUGCCCAACUUCGAGACGGACGGCGGCGAGGCGGUCGACAGCCUCACGUGGGCCGCCGUCGACGCCGGCGUCUUCACGUUCCUCGGCCGGUCGGUCCUGUCGUUCAAGCGCGACCAGGAGCUCGACGAGAUCUGGAGCGGCAUCGGCGGCGACGCGCCCGCGCUCGGCGGCGACGUGCCGGUCGACCCGGCGUUCCAGGACCUCGUCCUCGAACUCGUCGAGCUCCUCGUCGUCGAGGUCAUCGCCAACCGCAUCUCGAUCCUGCGCAAGCUCCGCAACCGCGAGGAGGAUGUCGUCUCGACCUCGCACCGCGGCGGCGGCUUGCGGUCGUCGCGCGGCGCGGCCGAGAGCCAACCCGCCCAGCCCCGACACGACCUCGAGGCGUUCUUCCUCCUCAUCGCGACCCUGUACCGCAACAACCCUGACGGCGGCCUCAAGUUCUGGGAGGAGACGGCGUCGGACGCGUCGACCUCGGCCGUCGUCAGCACGACGAGCAGCCGCCUGUCGGCCUUCCUUCGCUGGGGCAGCGAGUGCCGCCCGCCCGCCAUGAUGCGCGCCUACUACGAGAUGGUCGCCGCGCUCGCGUCGGGCCCUCGGUGCGCCACGUACGCGUUCGAGUUCCUGUCGCUCGGCGGGUCGGUGGACGGGCACGCGCAACACGGCGCGUCGUCGUCGUGCUCGUGGGCAGCGCUGUUCGGCGCCCUCGAGUUCUACCUCAACAACCUGCCCGACCGACCGCUCGAGGCCGGCGCCAACGCCGAGGGCGCCAUGGGCGAGAUGCCGCCCGAGGAGGUCCCCCUCCUGCGCUCCUUCAUCCGCCUCCUUCGCCAAGUCGUCGCCUACUCGGACGUCGCCCGCGCCACCCUCGUCGACAGCCAGCGCCACCGCCCCGUCCCGACCCUCCUCGCCCUCGCGAGCCGGUCCAUCCCGAUCGAGCUCAAGGCGAGCCUGCUCGCCGCCAUCGAGGCGUUCGCUCGCCCCGGCGGGUCGUUCGGCGUCGACGUCGCGCGCAAGACGUGGGCCGCGCUCGAGCAGAGCCAGAUCCUCCCGACCUGGGCCGUCUCGGAGGGUCGUGACGUUCGCGGCGGCGCCGGGUUCGCCGGCUCGCGCUCGUCGGGCGCGCUCAUGCGUGGGCCCGACCCCCUGACGCUCGAAGGCGGCAUCAUCACCGAGCUCGAGGAGGUCGAGGCGCCCAACAAGGUCUACCCCGAGUCGACGGCGUUCGUCCAGCUCCUCAACACGCUCAUCCACACGCCGGUCACCGGCGAGCCCGUCCGCCGCGGCGCCGAGCUCGACACCAACACGAUCCCGGACGGCCUCGGUGCGCCCAACCGUCCGCCCGGCGUCGACCCGUACCUCAAGUUCGUCAUCGACGACGUCCUGCUCAAGGCCGGCCAGCGCGAGUACGCCGACCCGCGCGAGCGGUGGAAGGUGACCGACGUCUGCCUCGCCUUUGUCGAGAAGUGCCUCGUCAGCUUCGACGUCGGCCCGUUCCUCGCAUGGGCGGCGAGCGGCGGCCGCACGUCGGCCGGUGGCGCCGCCUCGCCGCUGCAGCAGCUCGUCGCGCACCCGGGCUUCGACGUCCUCGCGCGCCUGCUCGGCGGCACGGCGCUCCUCGAGACGGUCCUCACGAUCGUCACCGCGGGCUACGACUCGAUCCGCAACAACCUCGCCGGCACGCCCCUCUUCACGAGCUGCAUGCUGCGGUGCCUGCGCAUCCUGCGCCGCACGCUCGACAUCCAGGCGCCGUUCCUCGAGGUCGUUCUCCCGUCGCUGUCGGACAGCUCGGUGCACGUCCCGCAGGACAAGGUCGGCCGCCUCAAGGCGCUCACGCCCAUAGACCAGGCGUUCCUGUACAACUCGGAGGUCGUCGUCCAGGUCGCCCUCCUCGUCGCGUGCGAGGAGGACAACGAGAUCGCCCUGUGCGCCGUCCAGCUCCUCGCCCUCGUCGCCGGCUCGCCGUUCUUCGACGUGCAGCAAAAGUUCCCCGAGCAGUCGCGCACCAAGAUGAACCGGCUCGUCGGCCUCCUCCAAGCGUCGCCCGAGACGCUCCGCAUCCAGGAGGCGUUCGUUCUGCGCCUGAGCGACGACGUGCCCGAGUCGGAGCUCGAGGCGCCCGAGUGGCAGCCCUCGUUCGACGACGCCGUCAACGCCGAGGAGAAGGCGACCAACGCCGACGGCCUGCGUCGCGCCAUCCGCACCGCCAUCCUCGACCUCUUCCUCGUCAACACGCGCACCGACAAGACGGCGCCCAACGUCGCCCACCUCCUCCUUGGCUUUGACGUCCAGGCCCGCUCGGACGAGAUGACGAUCGACGACCCGGAAGCGGCCGACACGGUCCGCACGGGCCUGCACGUCGUGCUCGACCUGCUCGCCCAGAACGUCUCGGACGACGACACCGAGGUCCAGGUCUCGGCCCUCGCGCGCCACCCGACGCUCGCCGCACAGUGCUACCGCCUCGUGCGGCAGCUCUGCAUCCACCCGUUCACGUCCGCCGUCGUCUCGCGGUACCUGCGCAAUCGCGAGCAGUUCUUCCUGCGCCAGUCGCUCGCCCUCCCGUUCGCCGUUCCGCCGGCGUCGCAGGGCGCCCUCGGCGCGGUCCAGUACGGCGACGGCAAGCAGGUUGUCACGUCGUCGGCGGCCGUGUGCGCCGUCCUGCGGUCCGAGGCCGAGCUCCUCGAGUCGGCCGCCCUCGAGCUGAGCGUCCUCACGACGGGCACCGACGUGCGCCGGGCGGGCGAGCUCGUCGCCGCGUUGCUCGAGACGCCCAACGUGCUCGACGACGACGUGCCGGCGUUCCUCGAGCAGGACGGCGGCAUCGAACAGGGCCUGCCGCGCAUGCUCGAGAUCUUUCACUCGUUCGACUUUGCGUGGCACGACUCGAUCUCGCCGGCCGAGUACCGCCUCAGCCUGUUCGCCGAGCUGCGGUUCGACUCGUGCCUGCGCCGCGACGCGAGCGGCUGCGAGACGUACGAGUUUGGCGCGCUCCUCGCGCUCCUCGGCGCCGCGCGGCGCGAGCUGCAGAACCGCGGCCUCGUCAGCACGCCGCAGCAGCAGGACGAGGUCAAGCGCGAGACGCGCGCCAUCGUCGAGACGCUCGUCGUCGAGAACCACCGCCGCGAGAUCCAGUUUGCGCGGUUCCAGGCGCUCAAGGCGUGGCGCAACCUCCUCGACAUCGUCCUCGCCAAAGCGUUCGACCUCGUCCCCGUCGAGAGCCGCCACUCGCUCGUCCUCGACCUGUUGUCGGCCAUCCUCCUGCCGCUCGCCGCGUCCGAGGUCGACGCGUCGAUCAGCGAGCUCCUGAGCGGCGCCGCCGUUCUCCUCGCGACCAAGCUCCGCGACGAGACGGUCGGCGUCCUCUUCGUCGAGUCGGGCGAGUCGGUCCAGUCGGUGCCGCCCGAGCGCCUGCACGCCGUCCUGCGCGCCGUCCUGCAGGCCAUCCUGCAGCCGGGUGUCGCGCCCGUCGUCCGCGGGAACCUGUACGCCGUCGUCCUCAACUACGUCCAGUACUCGCACAAGCUCGCGGCGAUGUCGCCCGCCCUGUCGCGCACGCUCGACGACUCGGCGAGCGUCGCUGGCUCGGCGGCUGCCAUGGCCGUCAGCGACGACGUCUUCUCGCUCGACGGCGUGUCGACGGCCGGCGGAACGGCGAGCGGGCGCCGCACGGGCCGCAAGACGGCGCUCGAGCAGGGCAACUUCUCGAUCUUCUCGUCGGCGCUCGAGCGCCUCCUGCCCGUCGUCUGCCGCGACGCCGCAGUCGGGCACGAGGUGUGGCGCACGGUCGCGUUCACGGUCCUCGACGCGCUCGUCGCCAUUGCCGACGAGGGUCGCGCCACGAGCAAGGUCCUCGGCCUCCUCGCCAAGCAGGGCUACCUGCAGAACUUCAUCGCCGCGCUCAAGGACGCCGAGGCCGACCUCCAAGCCACCCUGCAGCCUGAUCCUCCGUCGCUCAACGCCCUCUACGUCUACGAGGCGCAGAUGUCGUUCCUGAUCCGGUUGGCGUCGACCCGGGAGGGGGCCGAGAAGCUCCUCGCGGCAGAACUGCUCGGCCGCCUCGCCGAGUGCGAGUUCCUCGGCGCUCGCCCCGUCGCAGACACGUCUUCCAUGGAAUUCGACGGCUUCAUCCCGCCGGCGACUGAGCGGCAUCAUCAGCUCCUGCUGCCGGCCCUGCAGCUCGUCGUCAACACGCUCGUCUCUUUCGGCGCCGAGACGGCGGUCGCGACUCGGCAGGCGCUCGCCUUUCUCGCCGGGCAGCGCGAGAACCUCCUCAUCGCGCUCAAGGACUGCGCGGCCAACCAGACGACGGCGCUCUUGCGCGAGGCGCACCUCAUCAUCACCCUUCUCGGCAUCGUUCUCCCGUCUGUGCCCGACGACGACCUGUCGACCCUUUCCUCGUUCGGCGGCCUGCACUCGGCGCUCCUCGCUCUUUCGGCCAAGAUCUGCGGCCCUCAAGACUGGGUCGCGCGCGUGACGCCGUCCAACGAUGUCGAGCGCGAGGAGGACCAGACGCUCGUGCUCGCUCUGCGCAACAACUCGACCAUCUUCGGCGACAAGGUCGACACGCUCGUCGAGUCGGUCGAGGCGGCGCUCCUGACGUACCAGAGCGUCGCGACCCGCAAGCGCGCCGGCACCAACGCCUUCCGCCCCGUCCUCCUCCCGUCGCUCAAGUACGGAGAGCACGGCGCGUCGGGCCAGUCGCUCGGGUCGCUGUGCGCCUUCCUGCGCGACGCGUCGCAGGUCCUCUCGGCCCGGCUGCAAGAGCUCGACACGCUCGCCGACAUGCUCGACGGGUUCGACUCGAAGCCGCUCGACGAGAUCGAGGACGUGUUCGAGUUCCCCGUCGAGGACGAGGCCGAGGGCGACCGGCGAGCCAAGAUCGGCCAGGAGCUCCACUCGCUCCAGGACAAGUGCCGCCUCAAGCUCAACGCCUCGCUCCACGUCCUCGAGCUCGCGCUCCUGCUCCUGUUCCGCCACGCGAGCUUCUACCUCGACGCCGACCGCACGUCGGAAACGGGCGCCUCGUCGCGGCCCGACGUCGGCCUCGGUCUCGCCGGCUCGCUCAAGGCGCGCAAGGACCCGGCCCUCGCCCUGUCGGUGUCGCAGUUCGACCUCCCGGCCCUGCGCGAGGACCUCGCCGACGAGUUUGCCCGACUGUCUGAGCGAUUGACCGCGUUGCAGUUCUCGCAGCAGAACGUUGGAUCGGGUUGGCGGCAGCGCGAGGCGUUCGUCGGCGUGGUGGUGCGGCGGCUGCAGGACAUGCUGAGCGGGCAGGCGUAGACGUUGGGCCGCAUGCGUGCGUGUGUGUAUGACUGAUGAGCAGUGCAGUCCUCUCUCGCUG